UUCUAUGCUGUACUUCAAAACAUUCGAACCAGAAUUAGGUUGGCUACUGCACUGAAUCCUGAUUAGAUACAAAGUUACAAACCAGAGGAAAAAUCAAAUGAAAUGAUCAGCAGAUCAGCCAACAGUUUAUGUUACAGCAGCACAACAAUUUUGAGGUUUAACACAAGGUACAUAUGUAGCACUAGUAAUACCAGCAGCUGCAGCUCAUGGAACACACAACUGAGAGAGCUAGCCAAACAAGGCCAUUAUCAAAAAGCUCUCUAUCUCUACCCUCAGCUACUCAGCUCAGGCGCAUCUCCAAACGCCUUCACUUUCCCUUUUGCUCUCAAAUCUUGCGCCGCAUUGUGUCUCCCUGUCCCUGGUCAACAGCUUCAUGCCCAUGUUAUUCGAACCGGGUGCCACUCAGAGCCUUUUGUUCAAACGGCUCUGAUGUCAAUGUACUGUAAAUGUUUUUUAGUCGAAAAUGCACGUAAGCUGUUUGAUGAAAGUACGUAUGCUAGGAGGCUCACUGUUUGUUACAAUGCUUUGAUUGCUGGUUAUACUCAUAAUUCAGAGUUUUGUGAUGCUGUUUUGUUGUUUCGUCGAAUGAGGUUGUUGGGUGUGGCGGUUAAUUCGGUUACAAUGUUGGGUUUGGUUCCUGGUUGUACUGUUCCAUUGCAUUUGGGGUUUGGGAUGUCAUUGCAUUGUUUGAAUGUUAAGUGUGGUUUGGAUGGUGAUAUGUCGGUGGGGAAUUGUUUGCUUACGAUGUAUGUUCGGUGUGGUUCGGUUUGGAGUGGUAGGAAGUUCUUUGAUGAGAUGCCUGAAAAGGGUUUGAUAUCUUGGAAUGCUAUGAUUUCUGGGUAUGCGCAAAAUGGUCAUGCCAAUCUUGUUCUUGACCUUUAUCGCGAGAUGGAAUUGAAGGGCGUAUCUCCGGACCCGGUGACUCUUGUUGCCGUUCUGUCGUCUUGUGCUAAUCUUGGUGCGUCAGAGGUUGGUAUGGAGGUAGAACAGAAAAUCAAGCGUAGAGGAUUUGGAUCCAACCAGUUCCUUCAGAAUGCUCUGGUUAAUAUGUAUGCUAGAUGUGGUAACCUGGUUAAAGCUCAGGCUAUUUUCGAUGACAUGCCAGAGAAGAAUUUAGUGUCAUGGACAGCAAUUAUAGGUGGCUAUGGAAUACACGGACAUGGAGAUGAUGCUGUGAAGCUUUUCGACCAGAUGAUUGAUGCAGGCAUUCGUCCUGAUAAAACCGUUUUUGUUAGCGUUUUGUCUGCAUGUAGUCAUGCAGGGCUAACUAAAAGGGGAUUGGAAUAUUUUGAUUCAAUGGAGAAGAAAUAUAGGCUGCAACCUGGUUCAGAGCAUUAUUCUUGCGUUGUUGAUCUUCUAGGCCGGGCAGGCCGGCUUAAGGAAGCUCAAGAGCUCAUCGAAUCUAUGUCAGGCAAGCCUGACGGGGCUGUAUGGGGUGCACUCUUGGGUGCUUGCAAGAUCCACCGAAACGUGGAGCUUGCAGAGUUGGCUUUUGAACGAGUCAUUGAAUUGGAACCAACAAAUAUUGGUUACUACGUCUUGUUAUCAAAUUUAUACUCCGAGACAAAAUACACGGAAGGGAUACUGAAAGUGCGGGUGAUGAUGAGAGAACGAAAGCUUAGAAAGGACCCUGGUUUUAGUUCUGUUGAGUACGGUGGGAGGAAUCAUCUCUUUAUGGCUGGGGAUAGAAGCCAUCCGCAAACAGAGGAAAUAUAUGCAAUGUUGAAUAGAUUGGAAGAUUUAGCAAAGGAAACCAGUGAACGUAGGAAGAUUGACGAUGAUGGAGGUAAUUCUGAACUUGUUAGUUGUGCAAGAGUCCACAGUGAAAGGCUGGCUAUUGCAUUUGCACUAAUGAACACUGCUCUGGGGAGUCGGAUACUUGUGACAAAGAACCUAAGAGUAUGCACCGAUUGUCAUAUUUUUAUAAAGUUAGUCAGCAAAAUUGUUGAUCGUCAAUUUGUAAUUAGAGAUGCAACUCGUUUCCACCAUUUCCAGAAUGGAGUCUGUUCGUGCAAUGACUAUUGGUAAUAAAUUGUCAAAAAUAUUACAGUAACUUUCUACAAGUGAA